GGCAGCUUCCGGCUACGUCUGGUAGCUUUCGGUGUUUCAAAGCUCCAGAGGAGGCUCGUCGCUCCACAGUAACUGUCAGCACACACUCACUUUGCGUCGUAUCACACUGUUAAACAUACCGCCCGUUAGAAAUGGCUCAGAGUACCGACACCGUUAAAGUUGGCGCCGGCGCCGGCGAUAACGCGAAGCUGAAGAACCAGGACGAGCGAAAGGUGGCACUCAUCACCGGUAUUACUGGACAGGAUGGUUCCUACCUUGCCGAGUUCCUGAUCGCUAAAGGCUAUUUGGUUCAUGGUAUACUGCGUCGUUCCAGCUCCUUCAACACUGGUCGCAUUGAGCAUCUUUACCAGAACCCUUGUGCACACUCUGCAGGCAAUAUGGUGCUUCAUUAUGGCGACCUGACUGAUAGCACGUGUCUGGUGAAAAUCAUCAACGAGGUGAAACCUACGGAGAUCUACAACCUGGGAGCCCAGAGCCACGUCAAGAUCUCCUUUGACUUGGCUGAGUAUACCGCCAAUGUGGACGGAGUAGGUACACUUCGCCUGUUGGACGCUAUCAAGACUUGUGGCCUGACCAACUCUGUGAAGUUCUACCAGGCCUCCACCAGUGAGCUGUAUGGAAAAGUCCAGGAGAUCCCUCAGAAAGAAACCACUCCCUUCUACCCUCGCUCGCCUUACGGUGCAGCGAAGCUUUACGCCUUCUGGAUCGUGGUGAACUUUCGAGAGGCCUACAACAUGUUUGCCGUGAACGGGAUCCUGUUCAACCACGAGAGCCCAAGAAGAGGUUCAAACUUUGUGACGCGUAAGAUCACUCGCUCUGUGGCAAAGAUUCACCUGGGUCAAAUCGAUAGCUUCAGCCUUGGCAACCUGGACUCCAUGAGGGACUGGGGCCAUGCCCUGGACUACAUCGAGGCCAUGUGGCUGAUGCUGCAGCAGGAGGUGCCAGAUGAUUUCAUCAUAGCAACAGGAGAGGUGCACAGUGUGAGGGAGUUUGUGGAGAAGGCCUUCAAAGAAGUGGGCAAGACGAUUGUGUGGGAAGGAAAGGAUGUGGAUGAGAUUGGCCGCUGCAAGGAGACGGGGGCCAUACAUGUUAGGGUGGACCCCAAAUACUUCCGCCCCACUGAAGUGGAGUACCUACAAGGUGACAGCACCAAAGCUUUUCAGAAACUGGGUUGGAAGCCAAAGGUGACUUUUGAGGAGCUGGUGAAGGAGAUGGUGGCUGCAGACAUUGAGCUCAUGAAGAAAAACCCCAAUGCCUGAUUGGUCAGCAGGAAGGAAACAUGUGAACACUCCAAUCCUCCAUUUCUUCCAUCGCUCAGUGACACCAGCUGAGGAAGGAACAUGCUUUUUUAUCUUUCCUGACUUUUACUAAUGAAAUCUAUUGUUCUUUUUUUAUUAUGAUGGUGACAGUUAUUGCCUUUAUCUUUUUGUUUUUUUUAUCCUGUCACUGAUUUAGUUUUGUCAUCACAUCACGAUGAUGCCUUACAUUCCUGCAGAGAUCAUGUCAUAAAUUAUAUUUCAGGGAACAUGAAGUUGUUUGUUUUUUAUGUCUUUUAGAGUUGAUUUAUAUGUCUGCUUUUGAUGCCUUUUUAAUGGAUGAAAUGAAGUAACUAUUUGAGUAAAUGUGAAUAUAUGGGUUUAUUAUUGAUUUGACAAAGUGAAUUAUUUGGUGCAAUAAAAUCAGAACUUUCCACA